CACGGAGCUCCCACUCACACCCGGCCCGGUAUAAAACCCCGGCCCGCCGCAGCCCGGGCACACCCGGGCCAGCCCGAGCUGCAGCUCCCCCCGGAUCCGCGGCACAGGAGAGACCCCCGAGAGACCCCCGAGAGCCCGAGAGACCCCAGGAGGGACCCCCGAGAGACCCCCGAGGAUGGGCCAGUGCAACUGCCGCAAGAAGAGAAAGGACUGCCAGGAGCUGACGGACGUGGAGCGCGCCAUCGAGACCGUGAUCAGCCAGUUCCACUGCUACGCCGUGAAGGGCCAGAAGGAGUACCUGACCCCCAACGAGAUGCAGGAGCUGCUGGUGCAGAAGCUGCCGCACCUGGGCAAGUGCGUGGGACCCCUGGAGGAGAAGAUCGAGUGCAUGGGAGACCCCAACGAGGCCAAGCUGGAGUUCGGGGAGUACUGGGACAUGAUGGGCGACGCGGCCAAGGGCUGCCGGAGGAAGUAGAGGGCGAUGGCGGGGACGGGGACGCCCCCGAGGUGCCGCUCCCGGAGCUCCUGAGGCCGCCGAGCUCGGGGGGGACAGAGCGACCUCGGCGGGUCCCCCCUGCCCUUCCACCCCUGCCCUCCUCAGGCCUCCUGCCAGCCCCCAGCUCUGCCCGCUGUGGGGGUACCGGGGGGUCCUGGGUGCUCUGCCUCCAUCCCCCGGACCCUCGGGUUUCGGUUCCCCCCGUCCCGGAGCUCCGGAGUGAUCGGGACUCGGCUCCUUCCCCCUGAUCCCCCCGGGAUUUUGGGGCUCGAUCCCCCCAGCCCCGAUCCUCGGGACCCUCCGGGUUCGGUUUCCCUGGUCCCGGAGCUCGGGAGCGAUCGGGACUCGGCUCCUUCCCCUUGAUCCUCCCGGGAUUUUGGGGUUCGUUCCCUCAGCUCCGUGCCCAUAGGCGCCUCCACCCCCGGGUUUGUCCCAUCUCUGUCCCCGGGACCCUCCGGGUUCGGUUCUCCCCGGUCCCGGAGCUCCGGAGCCAUCGGGACUCGGCUCCUUCCCCCUGAUUCCCCCGGGAUUUUGGGGCUCGAUCCCCCCAGCCCUGAUCCCUGGGACCCUCCAGGUUCUGUUCCCUCGGGACCCUCCGGGUUCGGUUCUCCCCGGUCCCGGAGCUCCGGAGUGAUCGGGACUCGGCUCCUUCCUCCUGAUCCCCCCGGGAUUUUGGGGCUCGAUCCCCCAGCCCUGAUCCCUGGGACCCUCCGGGUUCUGUUCCCUCGGGACCCUCCAGGUUCGGUUUCCCCGGUCCCGGAGCUCGGGAGCGAUCGGGACUCGGCUCCUUCUCCUCGGUCUCCCCGGGAUUUUGGGGUUCGUCCCCACCAUGGCACCUCCAGGGCAUCUCCACCCCCGGGUUUGUCCCACCUCGCUCUCUCGGGACCCUCCGGGUUCGGUUCCCCCCGGUCCCGGAGCUGCGGAGCCAUCAGGAUUCGGCUCCUUCCUCCCGAUUCCCCCGAGAUUUUGGGGUUUGUUCCCCCAUUCCCGGUCCCCGGGACCCUCCGGUUGGGGCUCCUGGAGCUCCGGAGCCAUCAGGACUCUGCUCCUUCCCCUCGGUCCCCUCGGGAUUUUGGGGUUCGCCCCCCCGUCUCUGUACCCCA